AGACAAGGAGCAAAUUUUUCAACUAUAAGCACGAAAUCUACGAUAAGGCAAAAGUAAUAUUACCUCAAGGCAUAGUAUAGUUCCGAGAAUGAAAAAAAAGAAGAGUAUGUGUGUACUUAUCACUAAGAAUGACACGGUAGAUAAAAAAGAAUCCUCUUCAAUGAGCAAUAAAUCAGGAGCAAAGCACUUGCCGUCGAGCUCAAACGCUAAAGCUGUUCCUAAAAUGAACAUGCCGGUUAAAGAACAAGAUGAUCUCGAUACUAUCUUUAGUUCAAUUUCUUCCAAUAAAUCAAAGACAGCUGGUGCAGUUGCUGGUUCACCUAAUUCUCUAAAUCGAGGCAAACGCUCAAAUGCUAUGAAGUCUCACUCAACAGCGUCUAUUAACUCUUGGAAGCGCUCGAGGGAGCAAGAAACUCUUCCCGCGCGACAAAAGAUCAAUCUAGAAUCGGAUGGGCUUUAUCGCGCACCCAUAAAAACGCUUGAGAUGAGUGAUGCCAUGUUUUUUGAGUCCUCAUUACCAAACUCAAAACGGAAAGUCAUAGAAAAUCUUAACAACAGCUCAGGAAAUGCAAAUGUUCUCCGAACCGAAGGUGUGCAUCGUAUUGUGUCUGUAAGUGAGCUUAGGAAGAUGCUAUCAAAUAAUCCACGUGCAGGGACAACACCGAAUUGUCCGUUCGACUGCGAUUGUUGUUUUUGAUAUGGCUCGAAAAUCGCUACCGCUGCUAGGGUGGCGAUCGGCUGUGGUUCUGAUUCUACUAAAUUAGAUUGUUAACUUUACUGUUACUGCAUUCAGUAACCCCCUUGCCUCCUAUACGAACCUAUUUAUGAUAACAACGACAUAAGCGAAACAUAAUUGUACAAAUAUUAUAGAAA